AUGUUCCGCCAGGCUCUAAUAACAGCCGUGCCACUCUUUUUGGCUAUCGUGUUUCUUUUCUUCGUGGGGCUUUUUGCCGAGACGUACCCUGCUAUUACUUAUAAAGGUGAGGAUCAGUAUAAAUACUCUGCUUGUGGUAAUUUGCUAACGACAUACUACUCUGGUUGUGGAGGUCAUGGCCAUGGAGGCCUGUUUGGAUGCUACUGCACUAACCCAGUGUUACUUUCUAGUUUCUUGGGCUGUUUCGAUAGAAUUGGCAUGGACGCUGAUGCUGCAGUUGAUUUGGUUCACAAGGAAUGCAAUGUCCCUGAUUUGACAAAAUCAGCACUUCACAAGUCAUUAGAAGACUUUCAUUCUAAUAGCGUUUACGUCAAUGUCACUGGUCGUACCGAUUUGGGCCAUAUGACCCAUGCCCAGAUGUCUGAUCAUAGUAAUAUGGGUGAUGAAUCGGUGAUUGUCGAUUUUGGAUCUUACUUUCCCGAUUUGUUUCUUAGGAUCUAUACUGCAAAGAUGGGUAACCACGAUAAGUCGCUUCUAUAUUCCGUUGGAGGCAUUGCCUUCUGGAUGGGCUUGUGCUUGAUUGCAACCAUUGCCAACUGGACGGUGAGAUUAAUCCCCAGUUCAAGAAAUAUCUUUGAUGGUGUUUAUUCCAGGGCAUGGAGAAAGCACAUCACACUUCCUGCUUUGAUCCACAGAAAACGUAACCAAGAACAGAAGUGCUUAGGUCUCUUUGAUGGCCUUGUCCCAACCAGGUUUGAGUCUCUCGUUAACUUAUCUUUCUUGGCCUACACAUUCAUUACCCAGAUUGUUCAUAUCUACUAUGUUCAUGAUAAUCCUUUCUGGGAUGGUAACAGAUCUCUUGGAUUUUUUGUCGGUGACAGAACUGGUAUCCCCAGUCUUAUCUGGACCCUCUUACUUAUUAUCUUUGGAGGAAGAAGUAACAUCUUGCAAUGGCUCACAGGAUGGAAGUUCUCUACUUUCAUCAUGUAUCACAGAUGGAUUGCAAGAAUUGUCGUUCUUUUAGCUGUUGCCCAUUCCAUUGCAUUCACUUACAACGAACACAGAAGAGGAACGUACCACAACUCCAUUCGCAUGGACUUCCUUAUCUUCGGCAGUAUGGCCACUAUUGCUGGCUGUCUCAUGUGUUUCCAGGGUCUUUUAGUUUUGAGAAGAAAGAGUUACGAAAUCUUCUUGAUCAUUCAUAUCAUCUUGGCUGCCUUCUGGAUUAUGGGAUGCUGGGUUCACGUUGAAUGGUUCGGUUACACGCCGUUCAUGAUAGCUUCUGCAUGUCUUUGGAUCGCAGACAGAGUCAUUAGAUUCCUUAGAAUGGGUUACUUUGGUUGUCCUAAGGCAACUAUUCUGCUUAUCGAGGGAGACACUCUUAGGGUUCUAGUUCCAAAGUCACCCACCAUGAAAAUGGUCCCUGGCGGGCACUGCUGGGUAUACUUUGGCUUUGGCUUGGCAUUCUGGCAAAAUCAUCCUUUCUGUUACAUCGAGUCUCCGCUCAAAGAUGAGAUGGUCUUCCUUUGUAAAGUCAAGAGAGGUCUUACCAAGAAGAUUGCCGACCACCUUCUCAAAUUACCAGAGAAGACUUGCCAAAUGAGAGUUGCCAUUGAGGGAUGUUAUGGAGAGAAGUCACCCGUAUCUAGACACAGCAAUGUUGUCUACAUGGCAGGAGGCCACGGUUUCCCAGGUAUUUAUUCAGAGGCAUAUCACGAAGCACAAACGUCUCCAGAGAAGCAAAACAUCAAGCUCAACUGGAUCAUUAAAGACUUCAGUGCGUUGCUGAUGGUCUGGAGAGAGUUGAAGAACUUGCAAGGCACGAAAAUCGAAACCACCGUCUAUGUUACCAGACCAGAGCUCAGCGGCAAGGCAGAACUUCCUUUCCUCAAACUACAGCAGUCUUGCGACUCGUCGACUUGUGACGAAAAGGAAGAAACCCUGGCACAUGUCACGUCACUCCUGUGCUCCUCGUCAUCAGAAAAAGAAAGUCUUGAUAUAGAAAACCUUUUCCUGAAAAUCAAGGAAUUCUUCCCAAAAAUCAACUUCGUUGAGAAGAGGCCACUGGUUGACGACAUUAUCGCUACAGAGAUAGAAGAAGCCACCGAAAGUGCCGCCUUCAUCACGUGCGGCCACCCAGCCAUGGUCGAUGACGUCAGAGCAGGCGUCGUCUCCAGAAUCGACACCACCUCCAAAAGAAUCGACUUCUUUGAGCAGUUGCAAGUGAAGAAGGAAACGGUUCCUGCGUCGCCAAAGAAACCUAAAAAGAACAUUGAAGAGCUCUUUCAGGUUGUGGACGUGCCGGAAGACCUUCUGCUUCCACAGAGCUACAUAGAUCACCAUGACGAGAAGUUUAUUGAGGGUGUUAAGCACAUCAUCUCCAAAGAUCCAACGUUGUACCCAGUGAUUGUUCAUUCACCCUUUAAAGUGUUCGCUAAGAAAGAGCUUCCUCAAAUACUGGAUGAAGAAACAAUACAUAACUACUGGUACGCGUUAAUAAGUUCUGUUUUGGGGCAACAGAUCUCUGGAUCAGCUGCAAAAGCCAUAGAAGAGAGGUUUAAGGCGUUACUUGAAGGCAAUUGCACACCCCAGGGCGUUCUUGACGCUGAUCCUGAGAAAUUGAGAGGCGUCGGGCUUCUGGGUCAAAAGUUAAAGUACAUUACUCAUAUCAGUGAAGUCUUCAAUACCCCAGGAACGAGACUCACUGAUUUGAAUUUCUAUAAGGACGGUUCCAAUGAGGAGAUAGUAGAAGAACUCACAAAACUCAAGGGCAUCGGAGAAUGGCUGGCCAGAAUGUUUUCGGUGUUCACCCUUAAAGAGCUUGAUAUCUUUGCAUACGAUGAUCUUGGAGUAGCAAGAGGCGUUUCAAGGUACUUGGCCAACAGACCUAAGCUUCUACAGGAAGUUAAGACCGGAGUUCAUGCUGUGGAGGCGCUCAAGGCCGGAUUGAGGAAGAAAGGUAAGUUUAUGACACCCAGUUCCAAAAGAGACUGGGUUCCUCUUCACGACGAGUACGUCAACUGA